AUGAGAAUCAUCGAAAUAGCAGCAAUUCUUAUGAUUCCCGUGCUUCUGUUUGGCUUGUUUGGCAACCUGCAUUUGCUUUACGCAACAUACAAAAUCAAACAUCUACAAAAUCGCAACGGAAUUUUGGUUGCAAUAAUUGCCUUCUUAGAUAUGAUAAGUGGAAUCCAUGAAUCAAAGAUUGCGAUUGAAAUAUUGUCUGGUAAAGCGUUGAAGCCCCGCAACGUAUGCUUUCGCUCAAUCGUCCUGUACGUAAUUUCAUUCAACAUGGCUUGCGUCGAAAUCCUUUUCCUCGCCAUUGAUCGAUUCAUUGCUGUUUGGUCACCGUUAAGAGUUUUUGGAGUGAAGAGAGGGGCAAGGAGGGACGUGGAUUUUCAUGUCUUGAGUUACCGUAUAUUUAUUGCUGCUGUGGGAAGUGGAGGUUUCGCAUUGCUGGUUGCUGCUGUAGAGGAUCCUCUCAAAUUCGGCUGUGUUGGACUGGUGGUCGCCCUUCGCAAAGUGCUUGAUUAA